ACCAUAUCCUUUCUGGGACGCUAGAUUAUAGUACGCUGCAAAUACGCUUCACGCAGCGAAAGAUAUAAUAUGACAGUGAUAAGCAUUUGCAUAAGCAAACAUGGCAACCCCGCUCGAUCCCUUCUCAGCCUUGUCAGCCACCGUCCCAUAUCAGGCCUCGCUGCCACCUUUCUUCCCAACAUUUUGUACCAGCUAUGAGAUCUAUACCUUUCGCAUUCAAUUAUUCGCUAAAGGAUCACGUCGCACCUACCACAAGAGUUGCUACCAGGGAGAAAUUUCACACAGAAUGACCACCUCCCUCUGGGCGAGAGCCCUCUCCGCCCUCCCAGACAAAGAUCAGCGCAUGUUUCCCACGUCAGGCAUUGCAUCACCACCAGUCUCACAGACAUUGACCGAUAUCAUCACUGCAAUCGAAAUGCAGCGCGAUCGUUGCAAACGCCACAAAUGGACGACCACCACCAUCGGUGGCAAGGAGAUCAUCAUUCGUGAUUUUGCCAGUGUGGUCAAUAUCGUUAUUUCCUAUGACCCGGUCCAUGCGGCACUACCUUGGGCAGGAGUGCGCUUUGUGCUUCAGCUGUUCUUGAAUGGAAUCGAAACUUUCGGUGCUAUUGUGGAGGGGCUCGAGACGUCUGUGAGGGUCAUUGCGCGGGGUGGAAUACUCGAAGGUUCAUAUUAUCAGAAGAACUCUGCGCUGAGUGAAGCAAGACAGGCCUUGCAAGAUGAAACCGUCAAGUGCUAUACAGCGGUCUUGAAAUUUUUGUCUCUGGCGAGGAAAUAUUAUCAGUGCUCGCGAACGAAACGUGCGGUUGCCUUUAUGUCCAAAGACGAUUUUAGACACUGCACCAAGGAAAUAAAGAGUGCCGAGCAGCAAUUUCUGAGACAGAAGGGGCUCGCUGAUAGCGAAGACCUAGGUAAUAUCGAGACACACGUUUUGCACACCAUCCUUAUAGCUACAUCAACGGCGGACCAGGUCAAUGAUAUGAAAGCAAAACUAGAAAAAGCCCUCCUGGACCUUGAUAAGCCAGUAACACGAGUUGUGGAUCAAGUUUCCGAUCUUCAUCGAGCUCUGAAAGACAACGAGAGGGACCAAACCCUGAGCUGGAUAUCAGCUGUCCCGGCUCAGAAACAUCUUCGUGAGGCAUCAACAUCGCUGAUGCCAGGCUCUGCAGAAUGGCUUUUCCGUCACCCUGGAUUCCAGGCAUGGAGCAAUUCUAGUAGCUCUGAGGUGCUUUGGUUGCAUGGGACACGUGGGUUGAACUAUGAUAUUCCAAAGUUUCCCUAUCAAAUUGACAAGAAGCCGGCUGCGGAAAGUCCAAGAUCGCGUGAGUCUGCUCAAUUAGGGACUAACGACGUUAGCCCUUAACUAAUACAGACAAGUGCUGCUGUCGUACAGCAUUUAUGCCUUCAGGCUAGUAAAGUACAGCAUUCCCUGCCGAUAGUACACUUUUUUUGCUCGAGAAACCCGGCGGAACCAGAGCGUGGCGAUGCUGGGGAGAUACUCCGAUCACUCAUAAAGCAGCUUUCUCUAUCCGCUAGUAACGAUCUGAUGAAGACUCCAGUCAUCGAGGAGUAUCGGAAACGCCUUCAAGAAGCAAAUUAAUAUGGUGAAGG